AUGCAGAAGAAUACGCUAACGGGCGUUGUGCCUCCAGCUGAGAGAAAAGCUUCAGGCUCGAGGGCACCGUCCAGAAAAAUGAAAACUUACCCUCGUUCGUGUAACCAUGCAGGGUCGAUGUGGGUUCUGCCGCAGACACGUCAAGAACUCAGCAACCUACGACAGCUUUGUCGACUUCAAUCCAACGCCCUGGCCCGAGCUAGACGACUGGUCGAGAGUGGGCGGAAUAGAUCUCUGAGUGAGUCCAUGGGUAAUAUAGAGGCACCCCAAUGUGACCGGUGUGUAACAAGGGCAAUGGGCGUGGUUCUCGCUCCGUGUUUCCAUAGCUUAAGUCCGGGUGGUGGUGGAGCUGGACCACCAGGCGCUUCGGAUGAUAUGUUUCAAACCUGCCCGGUGCUCUCUCUUUCUGGUUUCCAACAGCUCCGAAGGACCUAGGCGUAUUAGCUACUGCUAUUCGGGCCGCUGCGUUGACCGGAAGUGACAUUGCCUUGCGGAAAGCGAUGCUUACGGGCGUGAAGGCGAAGGGACGAUAGAUGAG